CUGCAGAGAAAAGGAGAAGAAGGGGAUGGAUGAGCAAGGAGCAGAAGGACCUGAAGAAGAAGGGCAAGGGAGGUGGGGCGAUAUGCAUGUCCAGGGAGGGUAUAGAAAACCAAUUAGUGUCGGCUGCCUUGAAGGGAGCCACAAGGAAGAGAGAGAUCAGUGUACAUGACAUGAAGAUGAUAAGGCGCCACUUCCACGAUGACAUCAACAUCACCGUGGUCUGUCUUCAAUGGCACCUGGGGCGACAUCAGAUCAUGGUAUGGUGGACGACCAGUUCCGGCAGCUGCAGUCGCUGCAGGAGGAUGGCGGCAGCGCGUCGGGCUUCGUCGCCGGGGUCGCCACCCUCUUCAUCGACGAUGCCGACUGGAUCAUCAACGACAUCGGCAGCCUGCUGGACGCCGGCGGAACCUAGCCACCACUCCCCGCCGCGCCCCUCGUUGGUUACUUGCCGUGCUCGAUUUUUCCUUCCACGGACAAUUCUGUCAUUCGCCUCUACUGCCGGUGGUCGUGCCAGUCAUGCUCCUACUGGUGCAUGGAGGGAACUCCUGUCCACCACGCCGGCGACAGGAACAUGGAAAACGCAGUCCACGGUGCCACCAAUGAACAAGGCCGAGACAAGCAUUGUAAGGAUCCCAGUUAGAAUGAUGCUUGAUCUCCUGGUAGAGCAUCUUGGGCUUCACAAGGCCAACUGAGACUCAGGCUCAAUGAGAACACAAUGAGAGUCAUCAUUCUCUCUGACACUGCUGUUCAAGACGACCGGACGUGUCCACCGCGCAUGCCCAUUACCGGUGUAUGAACAUUGCAUCCUUUAAUUUACCCUGUAUAUGAACAUUCCAUUCUUCAAAUGUGUUGUACUAUCAUUCUGGUGGCUAUGGAGAUGUGUUGUACUGUAGUUUUGGUAUCCAUUGAUGAUGUCUUG